AAGGAAGGAGUUACAAGGAAAAGGGUAAGAAAGCAAAACAAGAGAGAAGAAGGGGGUUCUGUGCUACAAGGGGUUGGAGAGAACAUAAGCAGCUGGACGGAGAUGGAGGAUGGCACUUUUUAUUUAUAUUAGGGGCCGGAACCUGGGACAUUUGCAGAAGCUUGACGUGCUGGACGCUGAAUCACGAACCACGAGGGAUUUUUGGUUCAGAGAGCCGGCGAGUCACUAUGGCGGGGGCAGAGCGUGCCAGGGCGCCGUGGUGGCAAGGGAAUGCAGCUUCGCCGCUCUCGAAGCGGCAACACACCGGGCGUUCAGCCCUGUGACGAUAAUAAGCCGGACAGCGCUACGCCAGCCUGAAAACGGUUAUCGACGAUAAGCUGCGGGAAAAACGAGCUGGCAAAUGGAAGAGUGAAGA